CUUCGAGCGCGUAUUUGUUGAAUUGUUCGAUGCAAAGAUCUUCCAUCUCGAAGAUUGGAAUUGUUGGCACACCUACGCUAAAGCGCUGACCGCCUAUCGGCGUCAGCUCAACUUCAUCUCGGCCUGGUGAUUUCGACCUGGCCUUCGAACGCUGGAUUGUUUUCACUCGUGUGCCCUGAGCUUGAGCGGCGAGCCAGGACGUGAACAACUGCAUCCCCCCAUGCGAGAUCGACAUGUUCCGUGGUCACUAAUAGUUUACACGAGGAUAUCUGCUCACGAAACACCUGUUUGGACCAUCUAUCGGUCUUGCGGUCUAGCGGAUGACCCUGGCCAAGUGGAACAUGUCCUGAUCCAUGUCACUGACAUUUCCCCCAAGUUGAAACCGCUGGAUCGGGAUGCGGAGGUUGAUCUCGCCCUAAUCCCACUGCUCCCGAGCAUUAUGACAUCAAGCCUCGUGUGGUUCUUCGAGCUUCGAAUCGCUCCAUGGGACACGCGAAAUGCUUAGAGGUAUUCUUGGAUUACAAAAGCACGCGUUC